AUGUGCGAGCCAUCAGAUCUCUCGCGAUGGGGAGAAGUUUUUGUGCUUCUCGUCUACGACAAGGACAGAGCCAUGGCCUACAGAAAUGCAGCCGUUAAAGAAAAGGCCGUCCUCUCGCGCUAUCGCGGAAAGAACGUGGGAUGCACUACUGCGGUUAGUUUAAAAUUAGUUUUGGCUAUAUUCAUUCGUUUACACAAAUAG